AACACGACAAGCAGGCACUGACAUUGUGGGCAGCAAAAAGGUAUCACAUCACAUUUCACAUGCACAUUGUUCUCUCACUUUCUCACACAUCAUGACAUGCCGUGCACCUGGUCUGUUCGAAAAGGUUGUAACCCCCACAACAGAGGAAGAUGUGGUCGAAGAGGAAUCCUCUUCAAGUCCAGAUCUUGAAACAAUCUCAAACAAGUUAGAGCAAAUGAAGCAACGGGCAUUGCUCUUAAGACAAUCUCUAGUCCAUGAUACAGUUCAGAAGCCAGACGAACCAAAUAUUAUGCCCGAAGAAAAUCUAUCCAAGCAUUUGGAAAUCAAACAAUUGCAGCAACAAAAUGCCAAGCUUAUUAGCCAGGUAACCGAUAUAAGCGAACGUCUUAAGUGCCAAUGGGAUAAAUUGAGUGGACUGGAGUCUCAGCUGCUGAAUCUACGGUCAACUACAAAUGGAAUGGCUGAAAAAAUUAAUGCCAUAAGCAAAUGGAAAACAACAACACAGCAUAUGGCUGGUCUUUGUAUUGAGCGUUACAAUGAUCUGAAAAUAAGUUGCUGCACUUCACCCGAAUUUGGGGCAUAUUAUCGCGGAUUGUCCGCUGACUUUGACCAUGACCUUAAAGUGAGAGUACCCGAAAAGUGCUAUCGCAAGGAUCAACAACAAAUAACACAACGUUUGAAUAAUACCAAACAGAUGAUACGAACCUCAACAGAUUUAUUGCUACACCAUUGCAAUCAGCUCGAACAAUUCGUGUCCAAGGGCAGCACAGAUCAAAGAAUAUAUGAAUCAUCCAAGACUUUGUUACGCUGUGGCUUCUACACCAUUAUGCACAAAUUUCGUGUGGCCGAAAUGCAAACCAAGGAACACAAGAAAGCAGAGCCAAUUGCAUUGCCGGAUUUUAAGCAAUUCGAAUAAGGAGGAGGAAUGAAUAGCAGAAUCAUAAGAAGCUUAUAAAACUGACGAACCAACUAACAAGCUGACUGACUGACUCACUGACUGCACUUGACAAUGUGUAUGUAAAUUGCAUUAUGCAGAGUAAAAUGCAGAUAAUUAAAAAUGCAGAAUACCGCAAAACAUUUUGUAAUUCACAAGUGCAGUCUCAACCGCAUCCGCAUCCGUAUCCGCAUUCGCUUCCCCAUACUCCUUCUCUCGAAUGCCGAACAAGCCAUGUUAGAAAUAAUGAAUAUAUAUCUGUGUAAUACUAUCUGCAUACUUAUGUACAUAUUAUAUACAUACAUACAUAUAUACAAUUAAAAUGCACAAUGACCAAACUAA